CUCUCCGCCAUGCCUUGCCUUUACAUCACUACCAAUGUCAACUUGGCCGGAGUCGACACCGCCGCCAUCUUCGCCGCCGCCACCACCGCCGUCUCCACCAUCAUUGGCAAACCCGAAAACUUUGUGAUGGUGUUGCUAAAAGGGUCGGUGGCGAUAUCGUUUGGAGGCAGCGGAGAACCGGCGGCGUUCGCGGAGGUGGUGUCGAUGGGAGGAAUAAACUCCGCAGUGAAGAAGAAGCUAAUCCACUCCAUUGGAAGCAUUUUAAAUGAAAAGCUUUCGGUUCCGCCCGCGAGAUUCUUUCUUAUAGUCCACGACACGACGGCCGGCCGCCCCGUUUCAUCAAAACUAUGACUCUCCGGCUCGGCGGCGGCCAGUCCAUGGCGGCUGCCUUCUUUACC